UCAAAAAGUUCAUCGUAUAUACGCAACGCAAACCUUCCCAAAUUUCAUUAUAUAAUCCGUUUCAUCUUUUCCUUUUUUCUCAAGCAGCAGUGGAAUUGCAUAGUUCCGAUCUUAUCUUUGUACGAUUUCUCUGCGCACCAACUUCCAUACAAUUCCCCAAAUUCCCUCUGUUUACUCUCUCUUUCUUUGUUUCCGGCGAUUGUUCUGGCCGCCGGAGUUCGAUCGAGAUCAGUUUCGUCUUAGUAUCCAAUAUAUGAUGGACGCUCGGCAACUUUAAAUCUUGUUCUUGGGUGUAUGUUCAUACUUCUUGGGUGCUGGAAUUUUACGUCCUGUGAAAAUUUGUGGAAGUAACUGCUUCAUCUUCUGCUUCUUGUACUGGGAAUGGAGCAUCUUCCUGUUGAAGUGAUUGGAAACAUACUUUCCCAGUUAAGAGGUGCCCGAGACGCAGUGAUUGCUUCGGCAACUUGCAAGAAAUGGAGAGAGGCUUGGCGCAAUCACCUCCACACCCUCUCUUUCGAUUCUCGUGAUUGGCCCACUUAUCAUGAACUCUCAACGAGCAGAUUGGAAAUUCUUAUAACUCAAACAAUAUUCCAAACAACUGCGCUGCAAAAUUUGGCAAUUUCAAUGGAUGACGUGGAAGAAUUCUCUGCUGCAGCAGUGAUGGCUUGGCUCAUGUAUACUAGGGAUACUCUGCGUCAAUUGCAUUACAAUGUCAAGACAACCCCGAUCUUCAACAUUAUUGAGAAAUGUGGUCGACAAAAGCUUGAAGUGCUGGCACUGGCUCAUAAUUCUAUAGCAGGCGUAGAGCCCAGCUAUCAAAAGUUCCCUUGCUUAAAAUCACUUUCGCUGAGUCAUGUCAAUGUCUCUUCAUUGGAUUUGAGCCUUCUUCUGACCACUUGUCCUAAACUUGAGAAAUUGGCUCUGAUCAGUCCUGAUGUUGCAAUGUCUGAUAUGGAAAUUAGCAGUGCCUCAUUGAAGGAUAUAUAUGUUGAAGCAAUCAGUUUGGACAAGUUUGUAUUGGAGGCUGAUACCCUUGAAGUUAUGCAUCUAAAAGAUUGUACUCUUGAGCUGUUUGAAGUAGUUAGCAAGGGCGCCCUGAGGGUUCUGAGGAUCGAUGAUGUUAGUGUCAUCCAUCUUGAUAUUGGUGAGAACAUGGAAAAUCUUGAGGUUGUAGAUGUCUGCAACUUCACAAUUAUGUGGCCAAAAUUCUACCAUAUGAUCUCAAAAUCAUCGAAGUUAAGGAAGCUUCGGCUCUGGGGUGUUGUAUUUGAUGAUGAGGAUGAGGUGGUGGAUUUAGAGACUAUUUGUAUGUGUUUUCCUCAGUUAAGCCACCUAUCACUAUGUUACGAUUUGAAAGAUGGAAUCCUUCAGCAUAGCUUGCAGGGGUCAUCUCCUUUGUUGAAUGUCAUAGUGCUUGAACUUGGGUGGAGUGUAGUUAAUGAUUUUUUCUCAGAAUGGAUGGAAAAGCUUCUAGGAAGGUGCCCCAAUUUGAAGAAAUUGAUCAUAUGUGGGGUUGUUUCGGAGGUCAAAACUCAUGAAGAAUGCCAAACUUUAGCGAACUUCACCCUUUCCAUUGUCCAGCUGAUGAGAAAGUAUAUGCACGUGGAGGUUCAGUUUGAGUAUGAAUAGAAAGUUCAUGAAGGUCUCCAAGUUUAUUUGAGAGUUGUACGAGAUUGUAUACAUCCUAUAAGGAUUCUGACGAUCUUACUUGUUUCACAGUCAUAAUUCUGAAAACCUUUGUCUUUCUUUACAAGCUGCAUUCAUUACUUUGAGCAAUUGUCAAUUACAGUCCUUGACAAAUGGCAAACUUUUUCUCGUCUUUUCUUUUCUUUUGCGCAGGUUCAUUUUUAGAGACUUACUAGGAUUCUGUAUCAAUCUUCUUUGAAUUUGUAUAUUGUUCCAACUUCCCUGAA